AAGAAGAAACACAGUUCACGCAUUCUGCAAUACAUAGUUAAUUAGCAUUAAUGGCCUAUGUGGAUCAAACUUUCAGCCGCAGUGGGCCUUCAUAUAUCUCCGCCGUUGAUUGGAGCAACAUCAACCACAAAAGGUCGGUGUUAGCCAGCUUGGUCCAGGGAGUUUACACCUUGCAACACGACCAACGACAUAACCGGAAAUACCCCUGUGCCCUGGCCCAUCCGUGGUGGGACUCUUUCAACUUCCGAGUCCACGACCGCCUCGUAGACAACAAAGACGGCUCGAUUUUUGGGCUGGUCUACAGCUUAAUAAGCUCCCCACACCAACAAACCGACGGGCCACCGCAAUACGUGAUUGCAUUCCGUGGCACGAUCAUGAAGCCGGAAAACUGGGAAGAGGACGUGAAAAUGAACUUGAAAGUCUUCCUCAACCGCAUCCAGAAGAGCAACCGUUUCCGGACAGCGCUAGAAGCAACCACCAAGUUCAAACACGAACGCGUCUGGCUGGUAGGACAUUCCCAGGGAUCGUCGCUAGCACUGGCGGUCGGGCGGGAAAUAGUGAAGAAAUUCAAAGUCCGUCUCGAGACAUACUUGUUUAACCCGCCCUUUAUCUCUCUGCCCAUCGAGCGGGUCAAGAACAGCAAGGUGAAGGCUGGGCUUAGGUUCGUCAGCAGUUUCGUGACUGUUGGCUUAACUGCUGCUGCUGUUGCUGUUGUUUCUGAUGCUAGUAAAAAGGACCAUUUUGCCAUGCUGUCAACAUGGGUCCCUUAUCUGUUUAUCAACCGAGCGGAUCCAAUAUGUUCGGAAUAUGUUGGGUAUUUUAAGAAUAGGGAGGCAAUGGAGGCGAUCGGGGUGGGAGCGAUUGUGAGGGUUGCCACCAAGAGAUCCGUUUUGAGCAUGUUUUCAUCGAGUGAACCAAUGCAUCUUCUUCCUUCUGCUCAUAUCACUCUCAACGUUACGGCGGCGACAAGGUUUAAGGAGGCUCAUGGGAUUUGCAAAGAGUGGCUUAAGUUUAAGGAGGCUCAUGGGAUUGACCAAUGGUGGAGGCGUGAUUUGAAGGUGGAGUGCAAACAAUACCAAUACAAAUAACCUCACACCCAAUUAAUUUAUAAAUUGUUUUAUUUAAUAAAUUAUAGCUUUGAUUUUCUAUACUCUUUUCGUCCUGCAAUAAAAGUCUAAAUUUGACUU